CAGCACAGCACAAAUCCCGACAAUGUGGCAACCCGACAAACUAAUCAGACAAUCGACAGACUCAAUAGUAUAGAAGAAUUUCAGAAUUUUUUUUUUCGGGCUAAUGUUACUUUUGUUAAGCACAUAUAAAAAACAAACAAAAUAUCAGUAAACUGCAGUAAGUAACGCACUCUACAAUAACAACGGCGACCAUCACAUUACACCAAGUGUAGAGUGUUUUGUGUUUGCUAAUGUCAACCGAUGUUGUAGCCACAGUGCUGUGUGCCCCACCAACCACAACCAAUAACUCCCUUGCCAUCCUGCCACCCACUGCAACAUGGAAAGUGAAAAGAUAUUGAUGGCUGCCGGUGUCACUGUCGCCGCUGUGGUUGGUGCUUUCGUCUUUUGGGGUCCAUCAGGCUCCCGUUUGCGUCAGCGUCGCGGUCAAAUCGCUGGACUGCACAAUUUUGGGCGCACCUGCUUUCUGAAUACACUGCUGCAGGCGCUGGCUGCCUGCCCGCAAUUUAUUGCCUGGCUGCAAUUGUAUAAUGGCGCCACGCCCGAUCGCAAAAGCCUGAUUAGCUCGAUGCUGAGCACCUUAGAGGUGAUAAAUGGGACGCAUGCAACACUUCGCGGUGAUCCCCAUUCACCGGGUGCAGUGCUGCGUGCACUGAACACACUCGGCUGGGUCAUACCGCAGGAGGAGCACGAUGCACAUGAGCUGUUCCAUGUGCUCUUGUCGUCACUGGAGGAGGAGGCAACGCGGCCACAGCAAAUGGGCUGCCUGUCGGAUGCGCUAUUGCCAACCGGCCUAACAACAGCAUCAGAAGCAGCUAGCAAUGAUUUUAAUGAUACGGGCGCAAUGACGCCGCUGGCUUAUCGCAAUGUGCCCGCUGUAGGUCAACGGAUUGGGGACCAGCCUAACCGGCCAUCUAGUGCCAUGCUCUCUGAUUUUCUCAAUAUGGAAUACGAUGAGUCUACCAACCUGCAGCGUCUGGUGCGCUCUGAAGCGCAUACUCCCGACUCUCCAGCCUCUGUUUGCGAACGUGAGUCGGCGGAUAUUUUAACUCCAACGGGUGCGACUGCAUCAUUUUCGGGUCAUUCACCGUUUGGCUAUCAAUCCGCAGUUGCCGCAAUGGAUUUUAUUAAUCCACAGCUGCCGCUGAAUGGCUCACCCAUUCUGGGAGGCGAGCGUCUGUCGCGCCCUCGCCAACCGCAGUCGCAGCAGUCGCAGUUGCAGCACAUUGACGGCCUCAAUCGACGCGUUUCGAGCUCGUGUCGCUCGUUGGAGCGCCUUAACCGUGGACCUGGACGCGUGUCCAUUUGGUCGAGUAUGAUGCCCAGUCAGGUGGCGCAUCCGUUUCAGGGCGCCAUGGGCGCCCAAAUCGUUUGCAACGGUUGCGGCUCCAAGUCGGCGGUGCGAUAUGAUAAAUUCGAUAGUGUCACCUUGAAUCUGCCCGAGCAGCGUCGUUCCGGACUAAGUUUGGGGCAUCUGUUAAGCGAGUACAUCACCUCCGAGGAUCUGAGCGAUGUCAAAUGCGAUUCGUGCAACGAGACAACAAUGCACACCAAAUCCGUUACGUUCGCCAAGCUGCCGGCGUGCCUCUGCAUUCAUAUUGCCCGCACCAUCUGGCUAAACACUGGGCAGCUGUGCAAGCGACAGGAUUACGUGCACUUCCCCGAGAGUCUAUCCAUGGCGCCCUACAGCUUCGUUCAGCCGCAUCUCAACAGUCAGGCGGGCACUCCUUGGGGCUCCACGAUGUCCCUGUAUUCCUCCAGUCUGCCCAUGAAUAAUGGCGGCGGCGCCGGUGGCGAGUGCUUUGGCACAAUGUUUCCCAAAAAUCUAUACCGGCUGCUGGCGGUUGUCGUGCAUUCCGGCGAGGCGAACAGCGGACACUUUGUCACCUAUCGACGCGGCUCGCUGCGCAAUGCCCAUCGCUGGUUUUACACUUCGGAUACGAUUGUGCGUGAGGUGUCCAUUGAUGAGGUGUUGAGUGUGCCCGCCUAUUUAUUGUUCUACGAUCGUGGACAGCAGCGUGGACAACAGAUGCAGAUGCGCUAAGAACUGCCGCGCCCAUCUCAAUCUCGUUCCCGCCCCUGGAGCAUAAGCGGUGAAGAUUCGUGUCGGCCUAGUCAUUUAUACUUUUUUCUCAACGUUGUGAUGGAAAACGCAAAUAAUCAUGCGAUACAUGAAACAGUGGCCAUAGGACAAUAGUCCUCAACACAAAACAAAAAACAAAAAAAAAACAGAAAUCGAUCAAUGAUCUGCAAGAAAUGGUCUCAGCAAGCACCCAAAAAAAAAACACACACACACAGAGUUAAAGUCACACCUGCUUUAAUUGAGGGCAGGGCUUAUAUGCAUAUAAUAGCUACAAGAACACUAAUUAAUCAUUUAUACUGUUUGUUACAUCAAUGCAUUUAAAUUUUGAGAUUGAAUUGAAAAUUCAGGUCAUGUGCUUUUAGAUCUAACUGUCUAUAAUUACAUAGCAAGAUAGAUUUAAAUUCUGGGGUAUUGCUACUUCAUCCUAUAAAAUCAAUAAGUAUAUUUUGUUUGGCGUUUGUUUAAAAUAUGUUAAUAUAUGUUUGUUUGUUUUUUUUUAUACAGAAUGUAUUCAUAUGAACUUCCCGCUCCUUGUUGAUCAGGGGCAAAAUUUGUGGGUCAAACGAUUCGAUUAAAUCGAUUGACAUUGCAUUUAUUGAUAUGCGAAGCGGUCUAUACAUAAAGGGAAAAUAAAGCUUUCCCUAAACUGGAGAAGUUUAAAUACCCCUACAAUACCCCUAUGGUAACAAUGUACAUGAUAUAGUGGCUCGAUUAUUUACUAAGUCGGCCAACACAAUAAUAAUCCACGUUAAACGCAUAUAAAUAAAGUUCGGAUAGAUAUUUAAAUACAA